AUGGCAGAGAAAGAGUCACCCAAGACGACCGACAUAAUUGUCUGCGGUUGCGGACCAACUGGUGCUAUGGUGUCAGUGCUCCUAAGCCAGUAUUCCAUACCCCAUGUUGUUCUUGAAAAAGACUGUGAGGUGAAUGCAGACCCCCGCGGAAUCGCUUUAGACGAAGAUGGUAUCCGCUGCCUUCAAAGUUGCGGGAUAUACGAUAAGAUAUUCACAGAGAUCGGCCAGUGUAUGGGUAAUUUUAGGUUUAUCGGCAAGGUGCAUCAUGACCUGAGCAGAAAGCCAUUUAUGAUGAUGGAUUACAGCACGACGGAAGGAGGUACUGGCCAUCCAGGCUUUAUGUGCCACAAGCAGCCUUGCAUAGAGAAACACCUGAGGUCUCGAAUAACGGCCAUGGGUGUAGCUGAAAUGCAUCUAGGCGCGAGCGUCACAUCUAUAUGGGAGGAUAAAGAUUGGGUAUAUGCGCGCUACACUGAUACAUCUAAUCAAUGCCAUACCGUCCGGGGCAAAUUCCUCAUCGGCGCUGAUGGCAAGACUGGUUUCACGCGUAAGAGAUACUUAGAACCUCGAGGUAUCACGCUGGAUCAGGCCAGGAACGCACCAUACGAGAAAGAAUGGGUUGCGCUCAACUGGAAAAUUUCCCUUCCCACGCCCACAACUCACCCCAAAUUCCCCCUCUGGGAGAAGGGGUACACCCCCCAGCAAGUCUACGAUGAAUUCUUUCCUAAAGACUUUAGAUUUAUGUGCAAUCAUUCUCGGGCUGCAGUUUGUGGACGCUUUGGUCUUGAUAGUGACAGACUUUGGCGUUUUGAAUUUGUUGUCCUGCCCGAGGAAGAUCCCAACGAGAUGGCUAAGCCGGUUCAGAUUGCUAAGGUCGUCUACCCUUAUCUGACUCACCCAGGCAGCCGGUAUGGGUUGGAAGUGGAGCAGAUUAUGUAUCCUCUGGACUGUAUUGAAGUCCUUCGCUGUCGCCCCUUUCGGUUCUCGGCAAGAAGCUGCAACAAAUGGUCACUCGGUCGAGUUGUGCUGUGCGGAGACGCCGCACAUGUAUUCCCACCGUUUGGUGGCCAAGGCAUCGCGUCGGCAUUUCGGGACGCCGUCUCGCUGGUAUGGCGUCUUCGCAUAGCGAUCAGUUCUUCUACUGGGGGCCAGGAAUUGGUAGACUACCAGAAACUGCUCCAAGGCUGGUAUUCGGAGCGAAAGCAACAACUCGACAAGUCCCUUUUAUCCACUGUUGAGAAUGGAGAUUAUGUCACGGAAUCUAGCAACGCCAAGGUCUUCAUACGUGACUGGUACCUCUGGCUCAUUCAGCUCAUCCCAAGCUGGAAGCACUGGUUGCAGCUUGGAAAUCGCCGCGAUGGGAUGAUUCGGUACCAAUGGCAGGAGGGAAAGGGAAUGGCGUUUUUGCCUCGACUUGGCGGCGGCAGGAACUUUCCCCAAGUCUAUGCAGUUCGCAUUACAAAUACGCCACAAAAUGAGCAGGUCUUCUUCACCGAUGAUAUUAUUUUCAGUCCCGAGAAGAAGGGCCUUUUUCAAGUAGUUGUGAUACUACAACACCUCAAGAACGCCGGCGAAAUAGAGACGGCCCUACACGGCCUCCAAGGCAUAUCCAACGGAGCCCUGAGGGAUGGCGAAGCCACAGUCUUCGUUGACAAUACUCGGGCUGCUCCUUGUGAUUUGGAGGGCCGGCACAUCUACCGGGUUGCUACCGCUGCAGAAUUCGCUGACAGCCCAGCCCUAAUCGCAGGAAGGCCCGAGCCUAAGGGCUAUGAUCCCCAUCGCAUGUCAAAAGAAACAAACAACAAUACGUUUGUUAUUCUGCGCCCUGAUCGAUUUGUUUUCGCGGCCUGCAAUACAAGAUCUGACUUGAUCCACGCUGCUCAGAUGCUUCGCAAACUUGUUGCGACUGGGACGUUGUAG